ACUCGAGCCCACACGCCCCGAGUCGACGCUUCUCGUACUCAGCUCAAAAUCUCGCCCUCUCUCUCUCCCCCUCCCUCUACCUCCUCUUCGCCUCCCCCCACCAAACCCUAAACCCCUCGACUCUCUCUCUCUCUCUCUCUCUCUCUCUCUCUCUCUCUCUCUCUCUCUCGCGUUCUUCGAAUUUCGCGGGUGUUGCUCGGCCUCUUCUAGCCGCCGCCGCUGCCCACAGGUUUGAAUCUCUCCUCAUGUCAUUCGAAUCGAUCUAUAGUCUCCAAUUUGAUUUAGUCUUGUUAUGAGCGACCCUUUUGGCAAUUGAGUUGUAUGCGAUCUGAGAGAUAUAACUCUUAAAAGGCUUAGGUGUGGCCACAAUUCUCGUAUGACAAUCAAGAUCCUGUAGGAAGCAACUAUUAGGGAUGACUAGUAUGGGUGAAAAUACAAAUUCAAAUGCGGAGCGGGCUGAAGAACUCAAACUUUUGGCUAAUGAGGCAUUCAAAGCAAACAAAUUUUCCCAAGCCAUUGAGCUAUAUAGUCAAGCUAUUGAGCUAAAUGACAAAAAUGCUGUAUAUUGGGCAAAUCGUGCAUUUGCACAUAUCAAACGUGAGGAAUAUGGAAGCGCUGUGCAGGAUGCUACAAAAGCUAUUGAAAUUGAUCCUCAAUAUUCUAAGGGUUAUUAUAGGCGUGGUGCAGCAUAUCUUGCCAUGGGAAAGUUCAAGGAGGCUUUGAAGGAUUUCCAACAGGUGAAAAGAAUACGUCCAAAUGAUCCGGAUGCUACAAGAAAGUUGAAAGAGUGUGAGAAAGCUGUCCAAAAAAUUCGUUUUGAAGAAGCGAUUGCUGUACAUGAUUCUGAAAGGCGCUCUGUUGCAGAUAGUAUAGAUUUUCAUUGCAUAGAGGUGGAGCCUCAGUAUGCUGGUGCAAGAAUAGAGGGUGAGACUGUAACUUUGGAUUUUGUGAAGAAAAUGAUGGAUGAUUUCAAGAACCAGAAGCACUUACACAAGAGAUACGCGUUUCAGAUUGUCCUACAAGCGAGGGAGAUGCUACGAGCAAUGCCUACCCUUGUUGAUAUAACGGUUCCAAAUGGUCAUCACUUCACAGUUUGUGGUGAUGUGCAUGGACAGUACUAUGAUCUAUUAAACAUAUUCGAGCUCAAUGGUCUUCCGUCGGAAGAGAACCCAUACCUUUUCAAUGGGGACUUUGUUGAUAGAGGAUCCUUUUCUGUUGAAGUCAUUCUUACACUCUUCGCAUUCAAGUGCAUGCGUCCAACAGCUAUGUAUCUUUCAAGAGGAAAUCAUGAAAGUAAGAGUAUGAACAAGAUAUAUGGUUUUGAGGGAGAAGUCAAAUCGAAGUUGAGUGAGAUUUUUGUUGAACUCUUUGCGGAAGUAUUCUGUUGCUUGCCUUUGGCUCACGUCAUCAAUGAAAAGAUCUUCGUAGUUCAUGGAGGCCUAUUUAGUGUUGAUGGUGUGAAGCUCUCUGAAAUUCGAGCAAUUGAUCGCUUUUGUGAGCCACCUGAGGAAGGUCUUAUGUGCGAGAUACUUUGGAGUGACCCUCAACCUCAACCUGGAAGAGGUCCAAGCAAGCGGGGUGUGGGUCUAUCCUUUGGUGCAGAUGUGACAAAGCGAUUUUUGCAAGAAAAUAAUCUCGAGCUUGUUGUUCGAUCACACGAAGUGAAGGACGAAGGAUAUGAAAUUGAACAUGAUGGGAAGCUAAUAACUGUGUUCUCUGCUCCUAAUUAUUGCGACCAGAUGGGAAACAAGGGUGCCUUCAUCCGUUUUACAGCCCCAGAAUUGAAACCAGAUAUUGUUUCCUUCUCAGCUGUGCCGCACCCAGAUGUCAAGCCGAUGGCUUAUGCAAGCAACUUCCUUCGUCUUUUCUCAUGAUAGGCCAGCGUUCGGUCCGAGUAGGGUUCCCUUGCCAUGGUGAAAUUAUGCAGUUGCAUUAAAAGGUGUAAUCUUUAGUUUUUUAGUCUUAAUUUAUGAUCCUUUUUUUUUCCUUCUGUAUUCCAAUUAGAUUGAUUUUUGUGUCCAGAGGAAUUGUUCAAGUGGUUAUUAUUUGUUAUGAUGGAAGUGUAAUAUUUCAAUUAUCUCAGUUAACUGGUUUUGGAUGAUCCCGGCACGGCUCGCAUAAAGUUGUCGGAUUACUAUAUUUAUCUUGCCUCUUCAUUUGUUUUAUUUCAUUAA